AUGAGACACGGCGCCGGAGCGGUGCCACUGCUGCUCAACAUGUACCUGCCAGAUCCAGUGGGGGAAACUUUAUUCAAAGACGGCAAGAGCCAGGCGUGGGGAUCCCUCAACCCGGGUGUGCAGAAAGGCAGUGGGCAGAUCCAGCUGUGGCAAUUCCUGCUGGAGCUGCUCUCGGACCGGGCCAACCUCAACUGCAUCGCCUGGGAGGGCACCAAUGGCGAGUUCAAGCUGAUCGACCCCGAUGAGGUGGCACGGCGCUGGGGCGAGCGGAAGAGCAAGCCCAACAUGAAUUACGACAAGCUGAGCCGGGCGCUGCGCUACUACUACGACAAGAACAUCAUGACCAAGGUGCACGGCAAGCGCUAUGCCUACAAGUUCGACUUCCAUGGGCUGGCACAGGUCUGCCAGCCAGCUGCCCCUGAUCACACCCUCUACAAAUUCCAGGGCAAUCUGGCCCCACUGCCCUUCUCGGGCAUCUCCAAACUCAACCUCAUGACCUCUGGGGUGACGCCGGCUGGUUUCUCCUACUGGCCUGGCUCCAGCCCAUCUCUCUACCCUGGGCACAGCCUCCAGCCCUCGGCCCCGUUCAGCGCCAUGGCAGCCUCCCACCUCAACAACAUGAACAACCACUACCAUUAAGGCUUGGCAGAUCCAUCCCGUUGGUGUGGGGUUGGGGAGUUUGGUGGGGAAGGGUGGGGGGUGGGAUGCUGCCCUGCUCCAGCUGCCCCUGCUGAGGUUUAAAGAGCAGUGAUUCCCUGGUAUGGGUGGUUGGAGGGCAGAAGGUGUCUAUCUACAUUUAGAUUGAGGAAGGAUCUUUCAUGAGGGAAUGCACAGGGAUGCUUAAAGUGGAGGUAAAUGGGAGGAGAAAUCAUGCCCCAUCCCACAAAGCCCCCUCGUGCUCAGCUCAGCCUCUAGCCCACCCAUCUCCGAAAGGAGAGGGGUCAGGAGCUGGAGACCCCAGAAAGCCUUGCCCAAGGGCGAGGGAUCCUCCUUGCAGCUCCUUGCUUCCUGCCUUCAUCCUUACCUCAAGGUAAGGCUGGGUAAAGGCUGGGUAAAGCAGGAGUGACAGCAAUGCUGGGAGCCCAGGGCACCAAGGGGCAGGCCUGGUGUCCAAGGAAGUGCCCCCACCCUCCAGAGCAGGACUUUGGCCCAGUGGAUGGAGAGGUGCUGGGCUCUGCCAGCUGGGGAGGGAUUUGUCUUCAAUAAAAUGGAGAGGUGCUGUGAGCUGUGUCUGCUUCUGUGUGCAGGGGGCUGCAACAGGGGGCACUAGCCAGCAGAACCCCCCCCAUCUGAAACUAGAGCACUGUGGGGCUGGAAUGCAGCCACCCUGACUCAUCCUGCAAUCCUUGCUUUCCUCAAUCACCACCUCUGGCUCUUACAUACAAGAGAUAGAGGGAACAACUGGUUUCUUUGAACACCCCUCUGGGGCAGCUGCAGGUGGAGCAAGCCAAACCUGGGGGUCCUCAGUGCCAUAAGGGGUCUCUGGGAAGGUUGCAGUGUUCAUGGAGCCAGGGCUGAGGCCAGAUUGAUGCCAUGCAAGCACAUGGGGGAGUGGCCAGUCCUUCUCCCUGUGCCCCCCAGGUCACAGCAGACACAGGAGGGAUGGCUGUGCUGCCCUCUGCAUUCCUCCAGGGUCCAGUCACUCUCCUGGUAGCAUCUGCUCAGCCAUAUCCUCUCUCCUCUAAUCAGCUUAAGAGAGGGGAUCUGACAGUAGUGUAUCUUCCAGGGAGGGCUCAGGCUGCAGUGUGGGGAGCCUUGGGGUCGUGAUGCAGGGAGCCCAUGCCUAGAGGGGUCGAGGGGAGACCUUCCUCUGCUGUCCCUGAGCCUUGCACAGGCUGGUCCAAAGAAGUGAACAGGGGGAAGAAAAGAAGCUCCCUCCAUUCCAGAAGCAAGAAGAACUCAUGCUGGAGACUCCCCCCUCCUCUCCAAUUUUGGCCUCACAAAGGUAAAUGGUAGGGAGGGGCAACUGGACAUAGCUGGCUUCAUCAUAGCCAGAGCAAGGAUAUGAGUCCUCACUAGGGGAGCGGAUGUCAGGGCUUAGGAAGAGGCAUGACGCAGGGGCAGGACUGGGAUUAAGGGAUGUGGGUCACUAGUAGCUCCUCGCCACCAUACUACUCCUGUCCCUCUGCCAGCACCUGCAGCAGGGAAGCCCAGGUGAGCCCAGCUCCUUGCUCAUUCCCAGCCCUACAAGGACCCUGCUGGACCUAAGUGUGCUGGGAAAUGAAGAAAACACUACCCACCCUAUGUGACAGGCUGAGGGUGUGCUUGGCUCCACUCUGAGCUCACCCAGGAUCCCCUUGUUUGGAUUCCCCCUACAAGCAGGGAUCAUGCACAGAGGGGGGCAGACAGGAGGGAGGUGGAGUACCCAUGCAGGACUCUCCAGCUAUGGAGGAUACAGUGCUGUCACCGUGGCAACCUGGAAUGCUCCCAUCCACAGACCCCACUGGGCACAGUUCACUCCAUGUGAUGCUCAAUGGAGAGGUCCAGAGCAUUGCCCCCCACCCAGCACAGCUGCUCUUCACUCUGCAUCCCCCUGCCCCAGCCCUGCAAUAGCAUUGCUCCUUUCCGUCUCCAAAACCAUCGGUUCAGAGCAGACUGCAGCAAAAUCCUACCAAUGGCUGAGCGGGGCUGAGCCCAACACGUGGCACCGACCGUCCCCAGCCCUGACCGGGGGUGCUCAGCCCAGGGGAGUGACGUGGAAGCAUCAUUCCCAGCAAUGGGCUGCAGGCUCCAGACUUACCUGCUGCCUCAGCUGCCAUGCUGCCCCUUUCAUUCACACACAGCAGAAGGAGAAUGAGUACUGCCUGCAUCCAUGAGGUUGAAGAGGAGCUGGAGGGAAACACAGCUGCAGUCCAUGCUCUGCUGCUCACCAAAUGCAGCCCCAACCCUGGGUGCCCUGUGAGGAAUGAGGUGGGGAACAGGAUCCCAAAAGGCCUCAGUCUGCACAUAGUCUCAGAGCUGUUGGUGCUGCCUCAUCAUUAAAGGCAGGAGGAGGGUUUUAUUCUGCUAUCAUUUUUUUCGUCUGUUUUUUCUUCCUUCUGCUUAAGCAGCAAGAAGGAGGGACUGAGCCCUGUCCUUGGCAGUAUAGGAUGUGGACCCCCCCUGCCCCAGCUCCCCCACAUUCUCGCAGCCCCUCUGUAAGGGAUGGAGGAUCCCUCUCCCAUUUUAGACUCAUCACCACGUGUCUCAUUUCUCAUGCUGGGAAGAGCCUUUGCAGCACAGCUAGGUGACGUCUGCCUUCCUGCCCACACCUUCACCCCCUCUAGCUCUCCCUCUUCCCACCUUUUUUCCCCUCUCCACAUGCCAACUGCUCUGCCAGCACCCCUGUGCUGAGCUGUUGACUCACAUCCUCCCUCCAGACACACAGCCUUCCUUCAGCCUUGCUCCCUGCAUGGACUGCAUUACUCCUAUCAUUGCUUAGGGGGCUCAAGCCCUGGCAGCAGAUCUAGGGCUGUGCCCUGCUGCCAAAGCCACCCUGCAUGCCAAGGACACCUUUUGAGCCUGGCCAAGCGAUGUCUCCAUGCACCUGUUCUGCAGACACCCUGAGGAAAGGAAGGAGCCAGCCAGCCCCCAGGUGUCCAGGCUAGGAGAGCAUCUCCUGCCCAGCUGAGCACUGAGACCUUGGGCCGGAUGCUGCAGAGGGCACAGGCUGGGCUGUGGGGAGGACUGGAUUAAUGCGCUAAUGCCAGAUUAAGCUGUAAUACAGGACUUCUGACGAGGGAGCCCAGCCCUGUGCUCCCCCCACAACCCAGGGUCCUGCCCUGAGACAGAGCUGAGUACCCCUGGCUGUGCAUCCAGCAGCUGAGUGACACAGACAGGGAGGCAGCAGCAUCUAGCAGACCCCCUAGACUCCUGCAGCUGUGACCUAGCCUCACCUGAACCCAUAAACCCUCCCCACUCAGUGGAGCAGCAGCAAUUCAGAGCCACAGUGAAUCCAGUGUCCAGACAGCUCCCACAGAGGCAGGAGAGAUAGAUCCCAUUUCCAUCUGCCUUGAGGAACACAUUAUCCAUCAUCCAUCAUUGCAACCCAAGGCUGCAAGGCAGCGGGUGUUGCAGAGUACUGGUCCCUACCCAGCCACACAGGCUAGAGAUGGUUUCUCCCAAUAGAGCAGCUCUGAGGAAUGCUGCCAGCUUUUAAUAGCUAGAGCACAUUUUCUUUGCUGUCUGUCCAUCAGGAGGCAUAGCUCACCAGGCUGGCUGCUGCCACAGCACCCCUCCUCUGUACCCUGUGUCAUUGCCAUGAGCACAUCAAGCACACGGAGCAUGCACCACAGGCAGAGCAGCAGGGCUGGGGGAUCACACAGAGCUGUUGCUUUGUGAGCGGUAGGCAGAAAAAAAAAAACCUUCGUUGGUGAUUACACAGCUUGGAGGGGACACGUUGCACACUAGUGGGAAGCAACAGAAAUAUGCUGCAGUCUCAGGAGGAGCUGCACCCAGCAGCCUGUCCCUUCCCAGUAACACCCCCGUGCUGGUCUCACCUCUAUCCCAGUGGGAGCAAGGUGGUAUCUGCAUUCCCUGUUCUCCCAGCAGCCACACAGGUUGCUCUGGGGGAAGGGAAAACCAGACAUCUCCUGUCAGCAAGGCUGAGGCUGAGCCGGUGAUGCGUAUUUAAAUGCACAGGAGCAUCUGAGCUUGUCUCCCAUUCCUUGACAUUUCCAGAGACUCCAAGCUGUCUUCAAUUACCAGUCUGCAAUUAGCUCUUCCUAAAUCCCCCAAUGAGGCCCAGCACUCUUAAUCAAUGAAACACAAGGGAGGAGGAGAAGGACACAGCCUCUCCGCAGCUGGGAGCAUUUUACAUGCCAGGACUUGAGGCUGAAAGGACUCUGUUAGUGGCCCUAUGGGGGAUCUGUAGGGUGGGAAACCUUGGUGAGCACUGGCACCUUGUGCAGCUCUGAAGCUCUGCAGUCAGGGUAGGUGCCCUAAGGUCUGCAAACAGCCUUGGCUGAGGAUAGAGAUGGCUGGUACCCUUGGAUUGCAUCUCCCAUGUGGUUGAAAACCCUUCUUGCUAGACUUCAUCACAUGCUGCUUCAUCACACUGUACCUCAGUUUCCCUCUCUGUAAAAUACCGGUAGAGAAGCAUCAGAAUUCCCCCUGCAGCCCCAUAGGAGCUCUAAUGGAUCUGAUUCCAGGUCAGUUUGAGACAGAGCAGGUCAGAGCUGCCCCCCUCCUCAACACAAAAAAGGGGUAUAGCCAAAUUCAGGGUUAGAUGAGGUUGUGAGUACAUUUUGGCCAAGACAGCCCCCCACAAGGUCACACAAAUGUCAGUAUAAAGAAGGGAUCAGAGCACAUAGUAGGGACAGGGAGGAUGGGAGCAGCAGAGGUCUCAGUGGGUGCAUGCAGCACAGAAAAGCUUUGCACAGCACCCUGCCAGCUCAGACCCCGUCACAGGGACAUCUGUGCUGUCUUCCUGGCUGCACAGCUUUGCCUGAAUGAGCCAGAUUGGGCCUAAUUAGCAGCUCUGCUGAUGCACACAAAGGUAGGGAAUCCAGCUUACCCUCCAUGACCUGCAGAGCCAGCACAGCUCUUCCUAGCUGAGGAGAACCCAAGGGUCUGGCUCAGAGGAAGUGCUAGAUGCAGACCCUGAUACAAGGGCACACGCAAGGGAUCCUGCUUGAGGAGCCUCCAGAAAACUGAGCAACUGGAGGCAUAGCAACCAGCUCUGAGAAACUCCACCCUGCUCCCUGGGGUCUGCAGAAGUACAGGGCUGUUAAUCGGGCUAGCAACACAGCUCCCACAGCCUGCUGCUGCCAGAGAGAGCAGUCUAGCCCUGCAGAGCACAGGCAGGAAGGAGGGAGGGUGGG